ACUGACUCUAAUAAUAUAUUUAUCCACAUGUUUAACUUUUUAUUCACGUAAGAAGAACUUUUUCUGAUUAGAAUACGAUGAUUCAGAAGAUUAGUUAUCCAAUGUGAGGUGGGCAGUGACACGGCACCUGCUACUGUCUCCGGAACGAGCUGCACUCAAGAUAGUGACAAAACACGCGUGUUUCAAUACGCACAAGCAGCCCGCGUUACAAUACGUUUCACUUUUGUUUGCGUGGGUUUGGGCGGAGGGGAGGAGACAAGGGGGGGUGUUCCUCCGUGUCCCCUCCUCCUCACUCGGCCGUCCCCUUUUCCCAUUCCCAUGGAUCGUAUUACGGGAGACUCCAGCUCCGAGACAUCUGCUCCGCCGCUAACAACGGAGCGCGUCCCCGAGUCUCAGAGCAACGACCGACCCCGUGUCCCGCGGGGGCUCCCUCCUCCACACCGACUUGUGAUUUCUCCGUGAUUCGCGUUGAUCGCGAAGAGCCACGGUGCACGUGCCCUCCACGCUUUCGGGCUGUAGUUGCCCCCUGUCGCUGCUCCAUCUCACUCCCGUGCGUGAGGAAGGCGAGCGCAGAGCGAGCGAGCGAGCGAGCGAUCUGCAGCCGCCGGUGCCAUCGAGCGGCACAUUUCUUUUUGUCUGUGCGCUCGUGAGGCUGCGGGCUGUGGGCUUCGGGGCUUCGCAUCCUCCCCGCUGCCGGCUGCGUUGCUGUAGGAGAGGACGACGAAGGGCGGAUGAAAGCGACGAUCGUCAUGUCCCGCGUGUAAAAGCCCUUGAGCGGUCGGAUAUUUAAUCUGAUUGUAUCUCCCCACGGUCUGUUUUGUUUGUUUUUGGCACCAUGGAGUCGGUGGAGAAGGAGUGCGGAGCGCUGGGUGGAUUAUUCCAGGCCAUCGUGAACGAUAUGAAGAGCUCUUACCCUGUGUGGGAGGACUUCAGUGCCAAGGCCACAAAACUGCACUCUCAGCUCAGGACCACAAUUCUGGCAGCAGUGGCUUUCCUAGAUGCCUUUCAGAAGGUUGCAGACAUGGCUACCAACUCUAGAGGUGCCACCAGGGACAUCGGCUCGGCACUGACGAGGAUGUGCAUGCGGCACCGCAGCAUUGAGACAAAAUUGCGCCACUUCACCAAUGUACUAAUGGAAGGCCUAGUUACGCCACUUCAGGACAAAAUAGAGGAAUGGAAGAAAACAGCCAAUCAGCUGGACAAAGACCAUGCCAAAGAAUACAAGCGGUCGCGGCAGGAAAUCAAAAGGAAGUCAUUAGACACUAUAAAACUCCAGAAAAAAGCAAGAAAAGGCAGAGGAAACCUUCGCCCUCAGUUGGACAGCGCGAUGCAGGACGUCAGUGACAUGUACCUGCUGAUGGAGGAGACGGAGAAGCAGGCGGUGCGCAGAGCUCUCCUGGAGGAGAGGGGGCGAUACUGCGCCUUCAUCAAUCUGCUGCAGCCUGUGGUGAACGUGGAGAUCGCCAUGCUGGGAGAGAUAACACAUUUACAGCCUAUCGUUGAUGACCUUAAGGUUUUAACUGAAGACCCGCACAAGUUGCCACCAGCUAGUGAGCAGGUGAUCCGGGACCUGAAAGGCUCAGACUACAGCUGGUCCUACCAGACCCCUCCUUCCUCCCCCAGCAGCGCUGGCUCCAGGAAGAGCAGCAUGUGCAGUCUCCUCCAGAUGCCCUCUGCAGGGGCCCAUCGGCUCAGCAGCGUCUCCUCCCAUGACUCGGGCUUCGUCUCCCAGGACGCCAACACCCACUCCAAGCCUCCGUCGCCCAUGCCCUCUGACAUCACCAGCCAGAAAUCAACAAGCUCAGCCUCCUCUGAGGCUUCAGAAACCUGCCAGUCUGUCAGCGAGUGCAACUCUCCUACGGCGUUUGGCUCAUGCUCAUCCUUUGGUACCUUCCGCCCCGCUUUCUCACACACUGCCACCACCAGGCCUCUUUCUGUCAUACUUCCUGCGUCCCCCACAUUUAACCACUCCCCUGGAUCCAACACUCCCUCACCCACAUCAAAGGUUCCUAGCUGGAAGGACUGGGCCAAAUUGAGCUCCUGUGAGCCAUCGUUGGCCGCCACUCUGCAGCGAAGGAGGGGGUCUGUGGAUAAGAUGAGAGACUUGGAGGCUCCACCUAGUCCACAGGGGUACUCUGGUAUGCAACCAGACGAUCCACACCGAGCGAGAAUUGGCCCAGGAAGCAUGGCAGCCAAGCACGGUGAGCCCCUCUCCCCAGCAGCCAGUACUCUAGCCAUGGUCUUGACCAGAGGCUUGAGUAUGGAGCAGCAGAAGAGCAGCAGGGACUCUCUGCAAUAUUCCAGUGGCUACAGUACCCAGACCAACACACCCUCCUGCUCUGAGGACACAAUACCCUCGCAAGGUUCAGAUUAUGAGUGCUACUCUCUCAACGGAGAUGCUGACAGCGAAGGGCAGGCAGACUUUGACAGGUCCUCCACCAUUCCACGCCACAGCAACAUCGCUCAGAGCUAUCGUCGCAUGAUUCAAACCAAGAGACCCGCUAGCACCGCGGGUCUGCCUGCGGGUAAGACCCUGCAGGGAAUCCCAAACGAUGUGGGGGGAAAUGGCUCCAGAGCCAUCGCCUCAGGGACGGCUACCAUUCGUCGGACUCCGUCCUCCAAAACCGGUGUGAGACGCACGCCCUCCACAUCCGGCCCCAUUCCCAUCCGGCCGCCCAUCGUACCAGUGAAGACCCCCUCCUUACCAGACUCCCCGGGGUACGCCAGCCCGUCUCCACAUCGCGGAAACAGUGAGGACUUUUUGUACGGCAGUGACCCCUCUGCUACUGAUUACAUGUGGGCUUCUCCAAAGCGGAGGAGCCUUCCUGACACAGCCCGGGAAUGUGGGGGUGGAGAGUUCGACAGGCCUGUUUAUGCCCAGCACGCCCCUGGCGCGGUCGCCCACUGCGCCGAGGAAGACCCUCAGCUUGCUGCCAACCGCCACAGCCUGGUGGAGAAGAUAGGAGAGCUGGCAGCAAGCGCCCACGCCCUCGGUGAGGGUCACUUUCCGUUCCCUAGCUCACUGCCGGAGGACCCGGCUCAGCGCGCUGCCGGGGAGCUGUCCUCUGCAACGCAGGAGGAUGUGGAUAUGCUGGUGUCGAUACGACGUGGGGUGAAGCUCCGCAAGGCCGUAACCGAUGACCGCUCGGCUCCGAGGAUCUUGCGGUAGCUGGAGGCUGCGAAGAAGCAGCUAGAACCCGUUUUUAUAAACUGAGGCUUGUUAGUGAAAGGCAAAAGCAUUCAUGUAAUACAUGAACAAAGGCACAAUAACAAAUAGGAUGUAAUGUGGUGAAUGAAGGCCAGUCGACAGAGUAAUGAGUGACCAUGGACAAUGUCUAUUCAUUUCAUGUCAUGUAUGUAUUGCAUACAUACAAAGUAAUCCAUAUAUUUUGGUUUCUUCUUUUUUUGUACGUUUUGGUCCCGUCUUUGUGUGUGGGCUCUGUAGCUGUGCUCCCUGUGUGCCCAGUGGUUUCAGCCCAGUUUCUUCCACCAGACCCAGUGAUGAAGCCAUAACUAGGUAUCAAAAGCUCUUCAUCUUUUUUUGCUCUUAAGUCUAGUAUAAUAUUGUGCGUUUUUAAAUGAACACAGCCCCCCGUGUCUGGAAAGUGAUGGGUCUGCCCGUAUGUUGUGUUUUUCAUCAUUACUGUACAAGUACCGUGUUUCCGUUUUGUUUCAUAAAACUGUAAGUCAUGUAAAAUAGAAGCAAUAUGGCAGUGAUUGUAUUGUACUAUUGUCAAUAUAUUCUGCAAUUAAAAACGCUUUUUACUGUUAAA